GCGCGCGCCAAUUCUGGCAGUGUAGCUGCGGAAACUUUUCCAGGCGCAUGGGCUACGGGGACCGUUUCCGGACGGUUUCUGAUUGAGUUUGGCGCUUUUUACCCAAACUUCAGGGGGACGAAAAGCCUCCACCCACCUCCCUUCUCAUAGGACUUUGCGGGCAGAGCGCCCCGACCGCCUCGAGCGCUCGAGCAGGGCGCUCUCUAGGAGCCACGACGGCGUCGGGAACCACACCAUGGCUGCUGGCCGGAAGACCCUUACGUUUGUUUUCGUCAUCGUCGUGAUUCCGCUGCUGGUCCAAGUUGACUCUGCCACCAUCUCCCGGCAGGACGAAGUUCCCCCGCUGCCAGUGGCCUCACAGCAACAGAGGCGCAGCCUCGAGGAGAAGUGUCCAGCAGGAUCUCAUAGAUCAGAACAUACUGGAGCCUGUAACGCAUGCACAAAGGGUGUGGAUUACACCAAUGCUUCCAACAAUGAACCUUCUUGCCUCCCAUGUGCAGAUUGUAAAUCAGAUGAAGAAGAGAUGAGUCCCUGCACCACGACCAGCAACAGAGUGUGUCAGUGCAAACCAGGAAGUUUCCGGAAUGGCAAUUCCACUGAGAUGUGUCGGAAGUGCAGCACAGGGUGUCCCAUAGGGAAGUUCAUGGACAGUAAUUGUACGCGCUGGAGUGACAUCAGCUGCACUGCACCAGCUGCCAGUUCCACUGAGAAAACCAUGGCGGCGGAAGACACAGUGACCACCAGCCUGGGGACUCCUGCCUCUCCCGGUUUUGUCCUAACCAUCUUUAAGUGGAUCAUCAUCGUUGCAGGGGUCUUAGGCAUCAUUGUGCUUAUGGCUUUUUGCAUUUCAUGUUGGAAGAAACUCAUUUCUUCACCGAAAGGCAUCUGCUCAGGUGGUGGAGGGGACCCCGAACGUGUGCACAGGGUCUCUGAGCAGGAAAUCGAAGGUCAGGAGCCAGGAGAGCCAACAGGUGUGACUGUACAGUCGCCAGAGGAGCCACAGCGUCUGCUGGUGAGUUGAGGAGGGACUGUGCCAUGCCUGGCCUGCUGCCUGCACAGGACUUUGAGGACAGUGGGAGAUGGCAGUGCCUCCGCUCUCCUGGCCCAAGGGGACAUGAAGCCUUUGGGAGAAGGGACUGCAGGGGACGGAGCAGCUGCACUGAGGUGGUGACUGUGCCAGUCUGCAGGACAUCUGCUUCUUAUUCCCUGUCCCCAGAGCCUGGAUCUCCACAGGCAUACAGUGGGUGUCACAGGGUUCUUUGAUGACUGGCUAAGGCUGCACAGUCUCCAUCGUGUGCUCUUAACAAAAGUCAGGGAGCCCCUGCUUGAAACAGCAGAAGUUUUGGAUGUACUUCAAAAUUCUCACUACACUGCACAUACUUCACAGUAAAUCUUUGUCCGGAUAUCUGAUCAAGUAUGUAAGGAGGCUUCUGGGAGGAAGUAGGAUUUCUGAGUCAGUGCGUAGAAGUGCUUUUGUAUUACGCAAACACACGUAUCUAUUCACUUGGAUUCACCAGUUUUGAUAUGACAUCGAGUAGGUGUGAAAUCUGGACACACAUUUUUUUUUUUUUUUAAGCUUCAAAAGUUCUUUCCUUCAAGAUAAGAUGAUCCUAUCUAAUUUCUUAUGGACUUUUAAAGAACGAUUUGGUUUGUAGCAUUCACCAGUGGAAUGUAGGUGCCAUUUCUUUUGUGAUGCUGUGUGAAGUGAGGAACUCUCUGAACUGUUCUGAGUCACUGUCUCCUUCCUCCUCGCCUGUUUAAGAAGUGAUUCUCCUCUUGUUCUCUGCUUUUGGCUCCUCUUUGAUCAUUUGUCAAACGCUUUUCUGGACAAGGAUCACUUUCCACCCGUUUUCUUCCUUUCCUAUAGCUACACCCCAUGUUUUUUUUUUAAUGAAGUAUAAAAAGGGAAGAAAACAAACAAAAAAUGUCAGCAAUUACUCCAUGCUGCUGAACCGCAUUGCACCUUUAUUUUGUAAUUUGUAGAGAUCUGAUCUUGCUAUGUUGCCCAGGCUGGUCUCAAACUCC